UCUGUGGGAUGAAACCGAGCAGCUUCAGUAACAUGAAGUCACUCACUCCUCGAUAUCUGAGCCGAUAAUGUCCUCCUCCAUGUCCCCGGCCUGAUCGUCUCCAUCACCAUGGCAUCUUCCAGUUACACUUGUUUUGAAGACAGCGCCACAGAGAAGGACAGGCUUCUGUCCUCCGGGGCCAGCUAUGGAUCCCGGGAUCAUCUUGGGUCUGGGAGCCCUCGUCCAACUUCUCUAGUGGGCUCUGAGUCCCCUCUGAAGGAGGAGGAAGAGGAGGAGGCCUUGAGGAGGAAGCUCAAGUACUUCUUCAUGAGCCCUUGUGACAAGUAUCACGCCAAGGGACGCAAGCCUUUCAAACUGGGUCUGCAGCUGCUCAAAAUCAUCAUUGUGACUGUGCAGUUGGUGCUGUUUGGACUGAGCAACCAGAUGGUGGUGACAUUUAAGGAGGAGAACACAGCUGCAUUCAAACACCUGUUCCUGAAAGAUUACCGGGACAACACUCCUCAGGCCGUCCACACACAGAAGGAGCUGUACAGCCGCAUCCACUUCGCCAUAGAGCAGUACCUGGCUCUGCCCCAGAUCUCUCUGGGCCGAUAUGCGUACGUGUUGGGUGUCGGUGUGAAUGAAAGUGCGCUGUCCCUCUGCCAGAGGUACUACAGGAAGGGCACCAUCGACCCCGUCAACGACACCUUUGACAUUGAUCCCCAUGUUAUCACCAAUUGCACUGGAGUGAACCCACUGACUUACAGUUCUGCUCCAGGAAACAGUGACUACAAGAAUUUCACUCUCAAUUUUUACAAGCUGAUCAAUGUAACGAUCGACUUCCAGCUGAAGGCCAUCAACAUUCAGACCAUUAUAAACAAUGAAAUCCCUGACUGCUACACCUUUGCUAUCACGAUCCUGAUGGAUAACAGGGCACACAGCGGGAAAAUGAAGAUCAGUCUGCAGAACCAGGCGACCAUACAGGAGUGUAAAGACCCCAAUGUGUCUGGCCACGCUGAGAGCUAUGCCCGGGAGUUCUUGGACGUGCUGGUGUCGUUCGUCUGCCUGCUGUCCCUGCUGCUGUGUGGCCGCUCCAUCCUCAGAGGCGUCCUGCUGCAACACGAGUACGUGCAGUUUUUCAAACACAGACUUGGCCGCAGUGUGAGCUGGGGAGAGAGGAUGGAGUUCAUUAACGGCUGGUAUAUUCUGCUCAUCGUCAGCGACAUGUUCACCAUCAUCGGCAGCUUCAUCAAAAUUGGAAUUGAGUCCAAGAAUUUGUCAUCAUAUGACAUCUGUGGGAUCCUGCUGGGAACCUCCACUCUGCUGGUGUGGGUGGGAGUCAUCCGCUACCUCAGCUUCUUCCAGAAAUACAAUAUCUUGAUUGUGACUCUGAGAGCUGCUUUUCCAAACGUUAUCCGCUUCUGCUGCUGUGCAGCUGCUAUUUAUAUGGGAUAUUGCUUCUGUGGAUGGAUUGUGCUCGGGCCCUACCACGCCAAGUUUCGCUCCCUGUCCAUGGUGUCAGAGUGCCUGUUUUCUCUGAUCAACGGGGACGACAUGUUUGUAACAUUCGCUGAGAUGGAGCACAGCGGCACACUGGUGUGGAUCUUCAGCCAGGUCUACCUGUACAGCUUCAUCUCCCUCUUCAUCUACAUGGUGCUGUCGCUCUUCAUCGCACUCAUCACCGGAGCCUACGACACUAUCAUGGCUCAAACGCAGGAGCAGGUGCGUGUUUCAGAUCUGCACAUGUUCAUUGCAGAGUGCAAGGACACGCCCAGCUCCGGCAAGUUCCGUGGACCAGAAGGGACAUCAUGCUCCUUCCUCUGCUUCUGUGACUAGUGAGGAGGAAGAGGAUGCACAGAGGGAGUAAACAGUGUAUGAGUGUGCGUGUGCGUGUGUGUGUGUGCGUGUGUGUGUGCGUGUGUGUGUGUGUGUGUAAGGGCAAGGCAGUCAGGUGACAGCUGAAUGCAUUUGCGCUCCUUUUCCCAAAUACCCAGCAGGCACGAUAAAUGCCUCGAGGGUGCACUGACUGACCUUGGACCAGGUUGUCCGUGUUUGAAUUUUGCAUUUAGAUUCAUACUGGAGCGGCAGAACACUAGCCCAAUUACCUGCUUCAGCUUUUGUACUGUAUGAAUAAUUUAUUGUCUCUCUGAAAUGUCAGUUUGUCAGGCCUUUGAUGACUACACGCCAGUAAACAUAUUCAUAGCUGUACAGUAGACUGGACACAGGGUCUACUAGAUGAAUGGCACAUUUUCACUUGAAUGAUCAACUCUGCACGCACAGGUUUUUAUUACCAUGUCAGUGUCCACACGGCUGCAUAGGUUACAGGAUUGUUUUUGCUUCUUGAUUAUGUAAAUAAGUGCAUUUCUUUUGAAUCUUCAUAUCAGAGGUAGAAUAGAUGCAAGAAAAAAAAGAGAGAUCAUUAUCUGCAGUGCGUAUGCAUUCGCUUCUGCAGCAUUUCCAGUCAAGGCUCUUCCUCCACUCUGGUUUUCAUUCUUUGCUUUGUUCUUGUCGUCCUCUGGCUGGAGAGAGAUGACGGCUGCACGAGGCAGGACGAGCCCCGCAGCCAACCAGUUAGUCAUCAAUAUGUAUGAACGGUUUCUGCUGGAAAGAGCCUGGUGACUAAUGCACUUGGAGACAGAGGCUCUUUACUGUUUGGUUUGAAGGAAUACUUCACCCUUAAAAUGACCAUUUGUAGAUCAGUCACUCACCCAGUGUUACCAUGGAUUUGUGGACAGAAAAUCUGAGUAAAUUCUUGAUAAACUGAAGUAAAUGGGGGCAUUUAACAACAGCAAAGCUAUAUUAAAACAUCUAUUUCAGACUCUCAUAUAGCUGGUAUAGUAUACUUCAAGUCUCAUGUAUCUAGUCGUAUUCUCACUACUUCUCAAACACAUACAUUGUCACUCAAAUCUUAAUAUUUAAAACACUUACACCACUACUCUAGGGCCCUAUGAUUUCCGCAAAGUGGAAAACACAGAUGGAAUCGCAGAAUUGUAUAAUUAAAACUAAAUUAACUAUGAAAAGUCAUGGAAUAUUCCUGUUUUUUCAAUACUAUUACAAGAGUAUAUAUACAGGCUAGCUUUUCAUCAUCAUUUAUGCCAGUCACUGACAGUUUAAUUUAGACCAGAGCAAUAUCCAAAUGAUUAUUAUAAGUGAGGAGAAUGUUGUGUUACACUAAACAUUCAAUUAAAUUAAUAUUCAUGAACAUUUUAACAUUUUCUCUUUAAAUUGUUACAAUUUUAUUAACUGACUUAAUUAUGACAACUGAUGAUAAGACAAUCUUUCGGAUGAAAAAAAUGUGCCUAAAUCAUAAAUCUCAGAAAUUUACUUAGAAGAAAAAAAAGAUUAAAUAUAAAACAGUAAGUGCCCCCAUUUAUUUCACCUCAUCCAGGAUUCUCUCCAUUUUCAGAUUCUUCGUUCCUUGUAGAGAUAUUUGAGAAAAGGUUUUUUUUUUAUACAAAGUAGCACGGGGUACUACACAGAGUAAUUAAUACACAACUGGUUAUUAUAAGGAUGGAGUAUCCCUUUAAUGUGCUUGAUAAGCACAGAGAGCAGUAACUACAGAAACAAGCUGAGAAAAGAGGACGUGAGGUUUGAAGGCUGACUGCAAAACUAUGUGUAAAAAUAUUUAUUAGUUGUAAAACCUUCAUUUUAUGAUGAUUAUUAGUCACAGUAAACAUUAAACAUAUAAACACUUUAGGAUAUGUUGCAGGGAAAACAUCUACAAACAAAAUAUGUUCUAGAUUAUUCUGCUGUUUUGUCCAUCUGUAUGGGCUGAAAUGUGUGCCACCAGAAACUGAAUUUGAAUUAUUUAUAUUUUAAUUUUGUAUAGUUUAAUUUGAAUCAUUGCAUUGAAAAACUGAAUCUGAAUCUUGUAAUUUGAAAUUGAAUGUAUUAGUUUGGAACUGAAUAUUCAGUUCUCACAAUUCAAAUUCAGUUCGCAAAACAUUCAAUUUCCAUUUUCUGCUACGAACAUCUGGGUAGUGGAGGCAGAGCAAUCGAGCGCAGAUACACAGAUCGCCUCUUUGGCCAAUCAGCACCUCCGUUUUUUUUUUUGUAACAUUUGUUGCCUCCCGAUUGCCAUAGCGCCUCUUCGGCCAAUCAGCACCUCCGUUUUUGUGCUUGAUUGCUCUGCAUCAACUACCUGGAUGUUCGUCGCAGAAAAUUAAAAUGUAAGUUUGCGAACUGAAUUUGAAUUGUGAGGACUGAAUGUUCAGUUCCAAACUAAUAAAUUCAAUUUCAAAUGCAAUGAUUCAAAUUGAAUAAUACAAAUUCAAAUUAUGUGAUUCAAAUUCAGUUUUUCAAUGCAAUUAUUCAAGUUAAGCAAUUCAAAUUAAAAUAGAAAUAAUUCAAAUUCAGAUUCUGGUGGCACAUAUUUCAGCCCAUACAUCUGAACCAAUCAUCUUUAACUGAAAUGCCUGCAUAUUUGUGAUUUAAAUGUAGUUUAACCACAUGAAAUCACGUGAAUAUCACUAGAGCUUGUUUAUCUGAUCUUACCUUUUUCUCUAUUAUGAUCUAUGAUUCAGCUACUGUCUUUCUUAUAUAUGGUUGUACUUUGGCAGCUUAGAGAGUCGUCUGUAUUUUAUAUAAUGUGUCACACUCUGACACUGUCAGUGCACUGACAUUGAAGCCAAGUGUAAAAGGGAAAUAGCUCUUUCUUUUUAUCUACGAAUGAGCGAGGGCAUCUCUACAAGCCAGCAGUUCUUCAGUCACCAUUUUUAAAGUAAAAUGAAUAUUCAGAUCUUUUAUUAUAUAAACUUACUGAAGUGUUUAAGGCUGUGUGGAGGCACAUGUAGGGCACUAUUCAAUGGAAGGAGGGAUGUUCACUGCACAAAAUGUCUUUCAGGACUAAAAGGGUACUUUUUUUUAUUCUUCACCAACUUGAAUUAAUGAAUAUUGUUUACAACAUGUGUUUACUUUUAAUGAAUGUUUAUCUACACUUACUUAUUUGCACAUAUUGAAGACUGAUGUACAGCAUCUGUUGGUGUUCUCCUCACACUUUAACGUCACUUUGAUUUCAUUUUACCAGUUUACUGUUUUUUAUGCUGUUUUAAUUAUUUUUUUACCUCGCUCGCAGAAGAAGGAAGUAAUAGCUGAAAGGGAAUUUCUUAGUUUCUAUGUAAGAGGAACUUGUACAGGUUUUUACCCUCAUUUGUACUGAAUGUUUUCUGCUGCUUGCUGCCUUCGGAAUGAAAAUACAUGUCAGCCAAAUAAAUGGAAAAGAUGCUGAAA